AACAAAAAAAAAACGACAAAAAAAAAGAAAAAAAACGAAAAGAAAAGAAACAAAAAGAACAACCCACAGAAAAAAAAGAAAAAAAAACAAAAAAAAAAAAGUAAAACAAACACAAAGAAAAAAAAAAAAACAAAAGAAAACGAAAAAGAAAAGAAAGAAGAGUAA